AUGUAUCUCAUCAGCCUCAUUCUCCUCAUCACGUCGGCCCUCAUGCUCACCAACGCCUCCGCGCCGCCAGCCCCGCGCCGCCCCGACACGGUCUCGACCCCAGCCAGCCCGUCCGAGACCCCAAUCGUCAUCACGGAGACGGCCAUGUGCACCAACAAGACGUACAUCUACUGCUCGCACCACGACCUGACGGGCGACUGGCAGGCGGACCUCGUGCGCGCCGCGAGCGGCCUCGACCACUUCUGCCCGGCGCACAUGAUCGACCCGCACAAGUACUACCGGACCAUGUGGGGCACGACGCAGGUCUACAUCUGCAACUACGACGACAGCCUGCUGGGCUGCAGCCACGGCGAGUUCCGGGCCGCCAGCGCGCUGCUGGACGACAAGUGCGGCGAGGGCGCCGGCGGCUGGAUGUACCGCAAGACGGAGGACCAUGCCUGGUCUGUCGGGAGGGACCCUACGCUCCGCGACGGGGUGUUCCGCUCUGAGUGUGGGAUGUGGUAG